AAGUACUAGACUACAGAGCUGUUAAGUAAAAAGUCGAAGGUAGAAUUAGAAAAAAUAUUACCACUAGUCAUUCCGCUAGUCAAAUAAUUUGUACUGCUGCAUUUGUCGUUUACGAAUUUAGUGACAUCACGCUUUCAUUAUCGGAGGAACAGCUCACUCAACAUGCGAACAGCCGUCUGGGUCCUGACCCUUGCGGUCAUUGCGACGGCACUCGCCGACGUCCCUCAAGUUGAAGAGGAAGACUUGGAAGAGUACAACGAUUACAAAGAAGUGGACCACGAUAGGAAGAAACGUGAGGCGUACGUGGAAGGACCUUUCGAGGAACACGUGAGAGUGAAACGCGGUGAGAAAUACGAGAAAGAGAGAUCGCGUCGAGAUGCUAAAAAGCCUCAUCAAUAUGAAGUGCACGAACACAACGAUGCGGGGUCGUUGCCGUCGCCGCCAUAUGAGGAGAUGUUAGUGGCGAGCGCUGAGCAUUACCACAAGGUGUACGUCGCUCCUCCCAAGGGCCGUAACCUGAAUCCUGAAGCACAACCCGGGCCGCUCACCUUCGGAGCGAGCCCCGCAGCGGAAGCCGUCAAUGUCGCGACACCGGUGUCCUUCUCAGUGUCGCACACCAGCCAGCCCGCCCAGUCGGCUCCAGCGCCGGCUGCUCCGCCUCACGAGGAUCUCUCCGCCGCCGCCGGUCACCAUCACGACAAGGCGUACUCCCACAAGUUCGGUGGCUCCCACGGUGGCGGCCACGACCACCAUGGAGAUCAUUACGCCGAGCACGGUGGAAAGUCAUCCAAAGGUGGAAAAUCGGACCACUUUGUAGACAAAGGGCAAAAGGGCUUCAGGACCAACCACCUGCACCGCAAGGAGUACGAAGACGAGGAGGGGCUGCGGAAGAAGCAUCACGACGAAGCCAGCAACCGCGGACACCACGAGGAAGAGGCGUACGGCUCCAGGGGAGCGCAUUUCGGUGAAAAGAAGGGGCACAAGAAAGGACACAAGACUAAAGGCUUCCACAACAAGUACCAGAAGGACGAGUUCCAGAAGGAGCACAAGUUCUACGACGAUCUGUACAAGGACGGCGAGCACCACCGCUACGGCAACUUCAACGCCAAGCACGCCAGCGACGAGAGCGGCAAGAAGAAGGUGCACCAUGUCAAGGGCGGACACGACGUCAUGCAACACGGGAAGAAGGGCUACAGUAACAAAGGCCACAUAGAUGCAGACCACAAAGGAUAUCACGGUAAACAUGGCCAUGAGGAACACAAGCAACACCAUGCAGAACACGGGAAGAAAGGGAAGCAAGACCAUGGAUCACAAUGGGGCUAUUCCAAGCACUAGCACAUAGCCUAAGAUAAGAUAGAUAAGUUUAAUAGUUUUGAACAGGAAUUGCGUAAGGUUGUUAUGAAAUGUAGUAUAUUAUUCAAUUUUCUAAAAAGUAAUACUAUACUAUAAAUAAGAUAGAAUCGUAAAAUAAAUAUCCUAAGAAUCUUCUGGGAUAAACUUUCAUUCAGAACAUAACAUGUAAUUGAAAUUAACAUUAAUUGGUAAGAGAACUGAACACUAUAAUAAAAUACAUAUAAUAAUUAAAAUGUCAGAUUUCGAUUUCUUACAAAACUUAAUUUAAUAUAGCUUACUUAAAAAACUUAUUUGAAAACACAAUUAAGUCUAAAAUGUUCUCAUUUUAAUCUAUUUAAGUAAUUACUACUAAGAUUAGAUUUAUAAUAACUCUGUGAAAUAAUUGUGUUUCGCGGUUAUGUAUAAGUGAAAAUUAAGAAUAGUGCUACAGAAACUUUAAAUUUUUAAAGUUCUAGUUUAUGUCUUAUGAUGAAUGAUGAAUAUAAUUCUAUUUAUUUUAAUUAAAUGUUUUGCCGUCCGUAAAUAUUAGUUAGGCUUCUUUUUACCUUUGAAUUCUUAAGUUUUCUAGUAACAAUCCCUACGAUUGCGAUUAUUCUGCCAUUUAUUUGACUUACUGCUUACACGUUUUAAUUUUUUUUUGCUUUGUGACUUUAUCUAACUAAUAUUUCUUCAUUCUGGUUAUUAUUUGAAUUCACGUCAGUAGUAAAAAAAAGUUUAAUAAUAAGUACUUUUGAAUGUUUGGAAAUUUAAUUUCACAGUACAUUUGUGAGUUAUUUGAAUAAAAAGUUCAGUGUCUGCUGUAUUCGCGCAAGAGACCGGAACAAAUGGACCGGUUGUUGUAACUGUACUAAGGUCGUUUAGACUUUUCUUUUUGAUUGAACUAGAGUCUAGAUUAUUGUGAAAUUUUUCUACGCCCUUUUUCAAAUAUUCUACUGAUAUCCUAUCUAAAUUCUAUAUGUUUGGCACUUUGUGAGACUUCAUAAUAAUGUUGGUGAAUAUAAGUUUAACAAAUUUUUGUAUCAUAAAUAUUUAUAGUCAUUUGGCUGAGAAUAAAAUUUGUUUUGAUUCGUAAAAAUAGAUAAUCACUAUCAUGGUAGUGCGUAACACUGGUUUCGUAAAAUUUUAUAUGAAAAUAAUUUUAUAAAUCUGCUGUAACUAAAUAAAUGUAAAUAUUAUUUUGUGCA